AUGUUCGCAGUCCUCUUUCUAACUUUCUCCGCCCUUGCUGGUGUUCUUGGAUUUCCAGGCCAAAUUAAUCAAAGAAAGGAGAGCAUUUCCGCAGGCACUCAAGCUACCUUCUAUAAUUCCUUCUGGACCGACGGCAAAGCAAAGGUAACCUACAAGAACGGUCCCGCAGGCCAGUACAGCGUAACUUGGGACGGGAACGGAAACUUCGUUGGGGGCAAAGGGUGGAAUCCUGGUUCAGCCAGCAAGGUCAUCAACUACACCGCUGACUUCAAUCCUAAUGGUUACUCCUACCUCACCAUCUACGGCUGGACCACCAACCCGCUAAUCGAAUUCUACAUUGUGGAAAACUACCAUCCUGACCAUGAGCCCGCCGCGCCUCCCGAAGGCGAAGAAAAAGGUAAUCUCACGAGCGAUGGCAGUAUGUAUCGGAUUCGCACAAAAAUGAGGGUGAAUAAGCCAAGUAUACAGGGAACGACGACGUUCAGGCAGAUCUUUUCAGUGCGGGAGGAUUUGAGGGAGAGCGGGGAAGUGACUGUGGCGAAUCACUUUAAGGCAUGGAAAGAUGCAGGGUUAAAGACCGGCAGCAUGAAUUAUAUGAUUGUAGCUACGGAGGGGAAUAACAGCAGCGGGGAUGCUACCGUUACGGUGUAUUAG